UGUUCCCAAGCCUUCGCUGGCUCGCCUCCUUCGGUGGCUUCUGGUGUCGGGCGCCGUAAGCAACAUGGAUGGCGGGCGGGAGCAGGUGGAAUUGCCGCCAAGCCCUCAGGAGGGGGCCCGGUUGGCGACGGCGGAGAAGAAGCAGGAAGAGCAGGGCUUUGAGCCACAGCCGGCCGCUGAAUAUUGCCGCGUGAUGGAGGCGCUGACUUGGAAGAGGCCGUUCUGCACCCUGGCCAGCUUCCUCUGCGCCAACCUGCUCUUCUGGUUCCUAGCACUGACUCCUUGGAAACUCUAUCAUCUGGUUUCACUCAUACUACUUGGUAUAGUCUUUAUGCAGAUGAUGAAGGAAUUGUUGCUGUCUAGAGUAAAAGGUGCACAGUUAUGGCGAAGUCUCACUGAUCACUGCAAAGUUAUUGAUUCCGAAUCUGAAAAUCGUCUUAGACUGAACCAAUGUAUAGAAGAAGCAAUGAUGAAUUUCUUCUUGUUCCUCCAAGAAAUGUCUCAUUUUAAAGAACAGAACCCUGGCAAGUUUUGCCUUCUGGUCUGCAGCAUAUGCACAUUCUUCACAGUCUUGGGAAGUUACAUUCCUGGAAUUGUACUCUCCUAUCUUCUAUUAUUAUGUGCCUUUUUAUGUCCAUUCUUCAAGUGCAAUGAAUUUGGGCAAAAGGUAUAUAGCAGCAUUAAGUCACGUCUGCUGAAACUGAAUUUUGGAGUACAAGACUUUAUCAACCAAAAGUUAAAAGAGAGAGCUGAAAUGAUCAAAACAAAACCAAGCGAGGAUGACAGUGAACUAGAGUUAUCAGCUUUAUGUCCUCAGGUUAGCUCGGCAACUGCAGCCAAGGAGAUGUCUGUAUCAGACACUGAUGUCUCAGAGGUAUCUUGGACUGACAAUGGAACUUUUAACUUAUCUGAGGGAAACACUCCACAGACAGACACGUCCGAUGAUUUUGAUCGGCCAAGUGAUCAUGAGGAAGCUUUUGCAAAAGAUCUUGCAGAAUUUCCAUCUGUAGAAAAUGGUGCGGGAACAAAUGAUGAUGAUGAUUCAAGCAUUGGCUUGCCCGUUCAGCACGAGAGAAAAAAAGAUCAUCGCUCAACCUCAUUGGACCGGUAUUACAGGCAGGGUAAGGAGGGGCACUCUGCAGCAGGCCUUUCCUUGCCUUUGAUCAGUGACCAGGCCUUCAGCUUGGUGACAGCAAUUGCUGGUGAUGUUGUCACAUCUGUGGUAUCAGCAGCCGUCAGAGAACAGUUGCAAUCUGUGCAAGCAGUCCCAAGUAUAAGUGAAGAGGCAGAAGAAGGAGAUGAUUUUGAACUGCUUGACCAGUCAGAGCUUGAACAGAUGGAGAGUGAACUGGUGCUUACCAAAAGUCAAAAGGCAGAACCACAGGAAAAGAAAUCUUCAGGCUUCCUGUCAAAUCUGCUUGGUGGGCAUUAAUGUGGAAGGUGAAGCUGCUUAAUGGUAUAUAGAAAUAAGUACAGACAAUGUGAAAUGCAGGAAGAGAAAUUAUGAGCUGUAAGCUUUAUCUAUUAUUCUAGAUGUGCUGUAGCAUUCUUCAUGCAGAGUGAACUAACGUGUCUUAGAUCAGUUGAUUUGUUUCUGAUAGUGAUGCCAUAGAAAUGAAAAAUCUAUCAUGUUAUUUUGAUUCACAGCAAUUUAAGCUACUUAUACAAAUGUAGCUCAUUUUUGGCUAUUGCCAAAUCUUUGUCACUUCAGCCUGUUUGUUCUUUUUUUUUUUUCCCCAAGCAUUUAGGCAGCAAUAUUUCAGGAAGAGAAAAUAUCUGCAAAAUUCAAGAAGCCAUUAUGUCCUAUACGUGUCUCCUAUGUAGCAGAAUAUGUAAACCUCCAGAGUAAACAAGAGUCUGAACACUUCUGCUGUUAUCAUCUCUAAUGUACUAAGCUACACAUUCUCGAAUUGGAUCGUCAUUGUUUGUAUUACCUGUCUGAAUCUUCAGAUAUUCAUAUGGAUUAGCUAGAGAAGGCAAUGCCUUUUCAAACUGUAUUAAUUCUUACAGGCCUUGGAGUUAGGCAAAAUGUUCAAGUUCCCAUGUACCCCCUCUAACUUUGUACUUGGUCCCUGUGGCAGCUACUUCAAUCAGUCAAUCAGUUUUAUUGAUUAGUCUUGCAACCAUAUCAACCAGGAGGAGAAACAUCAGUGUGGCAGCUACUUGUAGCCCAUGUAUCUGCUGUGUGGAGUUGAAUUUGGGUUGAGUAGAAAUUGAUUAGGAAAAAAUUCAAAACUGAAAUUGAAUUGACAAUCUUUUACUUCCAUUAAUUUUAAGUUCUUUAAACUUAUAUUUAACUAAAAUAUAAAAUUAUACAGAUCUGAUUUAUUUAGUUUUGCAAGACUACUAUUACAGAAGAAAUAAGAAUAUUCCUGGCAUAUAAAUAUAAAAUACAGCUAAUUUUAGCACAUUGUACAUCCUGUGGCUGGCUCUGAGAAGAAUCUUAAGUUACUAAAUCUUCUAUUAAGCAUUAUGGUUUACCUUUAAAAUUGAUGGUAACUGGAGUGCCUUAUCAAGGUUAACCAAAUUUUAAAAAAAAAAUCCCACUAGUUUUACUACAUGCUGUAAGAAGCCAGCAGAUUGAGGGACCGUAUCAGCUGAGUUAUGAGAGAACUAACUUCCUCUGAAUGAAAAACAUGAGUUGGAAAUAUUGAAAAAGUACUCAGAAAGGCUUUCAUUUUUAAAAGCAUACUAGGUAUCACUGAUUGUCCAAAUGUCAACAAGACCCAUCUGUAGCUGCCUCUGGCUGGUAGCCAAUCUAUCUUAUGCAAAUCCACCAGUUGUUUCUCACAUUGUAAUAACUGACGUAUUGAUUGGGAGACAGCUCUUUUUGUCUCCCAUUUGCCUCUGUUUAUUCCAUUCAUUUGUAUUUGAAGAGCUAACUUACUGAUUUGUAAAUAACAUUUGCCUAAUGCAGGCUUUUCACCUUUUUCACCUAGCUCUACAUGACUGUCUUUUUCUUAUCUACCCUAUCAACUCCUGAUAAGGGGUUAGCUUCAAAGGAUGACACUUCCCUUCCUCUGCACCCUAAUUGCAAGGAGCAAUAUGGAUUUAACUCCUUAGAUUUAUCAGAGUGCUCAGUUUGAUUUAUCUGGUUCUUAAUAAAUUCCACGAAGGAAUCUUUUAGAGAGUCAAUUUGAUUUUUAAUCGUGGUCAAUAACUCAGAUUGAAAGAACAGUCUGUGCAGUCAAUAGACUGUGUCUGAUUAUAAAUUCUAAUGUAUUUUGGUCUUUCAAGCUUUUUUGGUCAGAGACUCCUUCCUGAUUUAGUUGUUCGGCAAUUGAGCAAACCGCAACAGCCUGUGCGGAGGGAGCAUUUUCUAUCAGAGAUGAAGUAAGCUCCAACAGUUGUUGACUCUCUAUCUCAGCCUGUAGAUCCCACUCUAAGGGGUCAUAUCUGUUCGGUAAAUGAAACGGGGAAGCAUUAUUUACUGGAGAAAUUCGCUUACUUGUGACGAAUCUGUCCACCUUCUGUUGUUUCAGCGGCUUGGAUGAGGGUUGCGUUGCAGAAGGUGUCCCUUGUCGCUUCUUCCUUUUCCCCAUAUCGGAAGAUAUGCAGUAUAAAUAGGGUAUAGAUAGGCAAGGAAGGCUCCGUAGAAGAAAAACAAACUCUCUAAUAUUGAAUGGUAAGUUUAAAAUGUGCAUUAAAUAGAGAUAAAGGGAGCUUGUUAGAGGAGCUUGUUACAAAGACUACAGCCACGUCGCCAUCUUCAAUCCCCCUGACCAUAUCAGUUGCUCUGAUUCAUCUCCAACUUGUAGAGAUUUUUACUGGCAUUCUAACCAGUGAAUAUAGUAAUUUUGUGACCCUUCAAAGUAAAAGUGCAGUUUAAAGAGAAGUUAAUUUUCUUCCUGCUAUGUUUAUUAGGUAGCCCGCAAGGUAAAUGUUGCUUUGCAACGUGCAAAUCUGAGCAAAAUGUUACACUAGAAGUUCAAUUCCAAGUCUUAUCCCUUCUCCUACCUUCUCUAAAACAUUCAGUAAAGUCCAUAUGCUCAAGGCUAAACUAGUCCAGUGUCAGUUCUAACUCCAAAGCAGUCUGGUCAACAAUUUCUAUAGAUCUUUACCAAAUAAUGUUACUGUGUUUCAGAUAUGGAAGUAUAGAGAAAUACUUGGCUGCAAUCACUCAGAGUGAAAACAGGACAUAGCGUUUUAGAAGGUACUACGGAUAGUACUUGCUAAGCAACUGCCCUGUUUAGCAACCGUUUGUGCUGAAAAAGUAACUUUAUGACCAGUCCUUGCACUUAAAACGUCACAGCAUCUCCGUGGUCAUGUGAUUGAGAUUCAGGCACUUCGCAGCCAGCGGGCAUUUAUGGCUGUCGCAUUUAGAACCAUGGUCAUGUGAUCACCAUUUCUGCGCUUCGCAGCUGGCUUCCGAUAAGCAGAGUCAACAGAGAAACCGGCAGUAAAAUUGCAAGUCACGGUCACAUGAUGUCUCGCUUAAUGAUGGUGUGUGAUUCACUUAACUACCACAG